AUGUUGGGAGAGAGGAGCACGGAGAGGAGGUUUAAUGAGUCGCUCCAACAGCAGCAACCUAGGAAGCAGGACGAACAGUGCCCGGAGAAGGAGCAGCAGCAGGAGCAACAGGGGGAGCGACAGGAGAGGCAGGAGAAGGAGCAGCAGCAGGAGCAACAGGAGGGGCAAGGGCAGGAGGAGGAGCAACAUCAGGAGCAGCUGGAGGAAAAGCGCCUGACGCAUAAUCAUCGCCUGGAGGGCUCCCUGCUCCUGAGCUUGAGGGGGAGCCUCGGGGAGGGUGGAACUGGGGAAGGCGGGACUGAGGAUGGGGAGGCUAGCGACCUUAGGACUGGUAUGGUUAGGGAGGAGGGAGGAAGGGGGGAGCGGAGAGGAGGGGGGAGACGAGAGGAGGAGAGAGGAGGGGCGGAGAGAGGGGAGGCGAACAGAAGAGGGGAGGAGAGAGGAGGGGCAGAGAGAGGAAGGGCGGAGAGAGGAGGUGUGGAAAGAGGUACUGGGAUGGAGAGAGGGGUAGAGGCGGAAAGAGGGGAGGGAAGGGAGAAUGGGUUGGGGGUAGCGCGAGGGGUGGGAUCUGGGAACGGGGUAGGGGUGGAAAAUGGGAUAUGGGCGGGGAGAGGUGCAGGUAUGGAAAAUGCAGCUGACGUGAUAAGGGCAUCAGAGGAGGGGAGAGGGGGGGCCAGGGAAGGGAGAUGGGGAGGAGAGGAGGUGUUAAGGGUUGAUAGGAAUUGGGGGGGUUUGAGAGGUAGCUGGGGAGAAGCUGGGUUGCUGUGGCGGAAGGGAGGAAGAGGAGGGAGAGGAGGGGGAGGAGAAGAGGCGGAGGAGGAGUUGGGGGAGGAGGAGGAAGCUGUUGCAGGGUUCAGCCAGGAGGAGCGCUGUGAGGAGGAGGAGGAGGAGGAGGAGGAGGAGGAGGAGGAGGAGGAGGAGGAGGAGGAGGAGGAGGAGGGGGGGGGAGGGGGAGGAGGGGGAGGAUGGGGAGCAGUAGGAGAAGGGGGUGAAGCACACGCAGCUGGCGGGAGAGGGAAUGGUUUCCCCCGGGCGAGGUCUCCCAUACCAAAGCAGAUUUCGCUCUGGCAAUCCACAGGCAGAAACCGAGCCAAGCCACGCGCAGGCUCGGCAGGAGGUCCGGGUCUAGGCCUGGAACUAGGUCUGGGAGUCGCCCUGGAGCCAGGUGCAGCAUCGUUCCAAGCAGAAAGGAGAAACCCCCAGGAAAUCUCCACUCUGGAUUUCCAUGCAGGUGUGACAGCUGCUAUAGCUGCUAGGGGUGGGCUUGCAUCUGUCUCUGCAGCUGUGGCUGCCCGUGUAUCUUCCCCCACAUCCACUGUUGCUGCUGGGGUGUCUGUCUCGCCCCCCGCUUCGUCCCUUGCCUCUCAGCUGCCUUUUCUGGGGCGGGGGUCGUCUUUCCAUGGGAUUGAGUGGGGGAGGAAGGUGAGGGAAGGGAGGGAUUGGAGAGGUGGGAGAGGCGGGAGGGAGGAGAGGGAUGGGAGGGAAGUGCGAGGAGGGAGGGAGGAGAGGGAAGAGAGGGAAGAGGGGGAGGAGAGGGAAGGGGAGGAGGAGUGGGUAGUGAUGGAACAGAGGGAAGGGGAGGAAGGAGAUGAGGGGAGGGUAGGAAAGGGCGAGCAACAGCAGCAGCCACGCCAAAAGCAGGAGGGGGGACGUGCAGAGGGAUUUGAGAUGCUCAGCUUGCAGCAAGGUGAAUAUCCACAGGUGCAGCAGCAGCAGCAGCAGCAGCAGCAGACGCAUCAAGGGGGGCUGGUAGGAGCUGAAGCAGGGUCAACAGGGGCUCCAGCAGCCAUUGCCACGCCAGCACGCCUUGAAGCGCAAGCCUUGCCUACCUCCCUGCCUCCACUCCCCCAAACCUCGCCUCGAGGCUUGGGCCGAAGCGCGGACAGGUUCGGUGCCGAGCCUCGGCCUCUGGUUAGCACAGCAACAGGUCGGGAUGUUUCUCCCCGACCACCCAGGAUCGAAACCAAGGGAAGUCAACUGUACUCAGGUGCUUGUCAAGGGAGUGCUUCUAAAGGAUGUGCUUAUAACGGGGAUGCCUUCAAAGGAGCUGCUUUUAAGGGGGAUGCUUCCAAAGGAAGUGGUUUCAAAGGGGUGAGCUCAACCCCUGGUGGGCAGUGGUUUGCACGAUUGAUCAAGCCUAAGGCUUCUGUUGGAGGAAAUAGGAUCAUAGGAAAGGGAGGAGACAGAGGAGGAGCAGACCGACCAGGAGCAGAAAUACCGGAACCUCGUGGGAUGCUCCCGGCCUUGGCAGCAAGGGCUGUAGCAGGAGGACCAGCUGUAGCGGUACCUAUGCCAGGAGCAACAGUGGGGGUAGCUGUGGCAGGAAGGGCAGCUGCAGCAGUUAUGCCGGGAGCAGCGGCGGGAGUAGCCGUGGCGGGUGGUGGUGGCGGUGGUGGCGGUGCUGCUGCUGCUGUCGCUGCUGGUGCUGCUGCUGCAGCUCCUGCUGCUGCUGUGUCUGCUACUUUUGCUUUGUCUGCUGUGGGUAGUGGUGCUACUGCUGCAAGAGGAUUUGCUGGGAUGAAAGCAGUCCCAGCUGUUUCCAUACCUGACGCAGCAGGUUCGGCUAUUCACGCACCUGCAGGCUCGGACUCCCUUGCUGCUGCAAGUAGGUGUGUGGGAGGGCCAGUGCCUGGAGGUAAGGGAGGGAGGAAGGUGCGUGGAAGGUGGCAGGGGGAAAGGGGAGGAGAGGUCGCGAGGGAGGGGGAGGAGGACGGGGAGAGGGGGGAAGAGAGGGAGGAAGAAAGAGGGGACGCGCAAGGCGGGUAUAAUCCAUUAGUAGUGAGGGGUGAGAGGACGGGGAAGGGGGAGGGAGAAAGAGGGGAGGAGGCACAAGGGCGGUACACUUCAGUAGCAGUGGGGGGUGAGAGGAAGGGGGAAGAAGCACAAAGAGAGAUAGAGCGGCUAUUCUGGGCAAGGGAAGGGCGGGCAGGUGAAGCAGCAGGAGUGCAGGGUCAACUUGCGGGGAUCGGAAUAGUCGGAGGCGACCCGUGGGGGAGAGGGGGGUAUGGGGCAGGAGAACAGGAGGGAAGGCAGGAGGAGAGAAAGGAGGGGAGGCAGGAUGGAGUGGUGGGCGGGGUGGCGGCUUGCAUAGGGAGAACGGGAUAUUUGAGCUAUGGAGUGCAGGAGAAAGGGCAGGAGGGACAGCAGGAGGGACCGCAGGAGAGGAGGCAGGAGAAAGGGAAGGAGGUGUGGCAGAAGGGGAGGCAGGAUGACAGGUUGGAUGGCGUAGGGAGAAUGGGUUACAUGCGGUACGGAGUGGUUGAUGCUGCAGCGAUGGGAACAGAAGGGAGGUAUCUGGAAGAGCUGGGAGAGGGGGAAAGGAUAGGCUUGAGAGGUGGAGUGGGGCAGUUGUUACCAGAUUUGCACAUGGGGCUGGAACGGGUGGGGCAUGAUGAGAGUAGGGAAAGAGAAGGCGAGAGAGCAGAUGGAGGGGGAAGAGGGGAACGAGGGGAAGGAUUAGAGCACGGCAGAGGAAGGCAGGGGCGGGAGAGGCAAGAAGGGCCGAUUGGGUGUGAUAAGAGGGAUGUGGUCCGAAUCCUGUGUGAUGAGAAGGAGGAGGGGCGAGGGAAGAGAGCGAGAGAAGAGAAUGAAUGUGACGACGGUGUUGCUCCAAGGCAUGAGAGGGAGGAGGGGCGGGGGAAGAGGAGGGGGCACCGAGGGGAGAGAGACGGUGAGAGGCAGGAAAAGGACAGAGAGAGGAGGAUAAGGGAGAAGGAGCGGGCGGCGGUAGGAGGGUUGUUGCCAGAUGAGCAAUCUGCCAGGCUGGCAGCGCUGCGGAGGUGGCGACAGGACGCCGCCAGGUGGCGCGAGGAGAUUGGCUGGCAGGAGCGGAGCCUAGGGCUUGUUGGGAAGGGCAUGGGUGUGAGGCAGUUGAAUGGGGUGCGAGAGGGUGGAGAGGGAAGAGAGGAUAGAGUGGAUCGAGGAGGAGGGGGUGGAGAGGGGAUAGAGGGAGGAGAGAGAGGAGAGGGAGUAAGAGAGGGGGAUGAUGGAGAAAGGGCGGAAGGAGAGGAGGGGAGAGAAGGAGCAGGAAGGGGGGGAAGUGGACAGGCGAGUAGAAGGGAGGAAGCGGAAGAGGGAGGAGGAAAAGAGGAGGAGGGGUGGGAAGAGGCGGAGAGGGGGAGCGGGAGACGGGGAGGAGGGGCGAGGGAAGAGGGGGGAGAAGGAGGAAAGAGUGGGCUUGGGUGUGGAGCAGGUGUGGCUGGAGCAGGUGCUACUGAGAUGGGGAACUGUAAUGUGGGGGGUGGCAUUUCAACUCCCCAUGAGUUGGUGGGUGGUGGAGCAGGGAUGGGGAUGGGAAGAGGAGGAGGAAGGGGGUUCGAAUUUCUAGCCCCUCAUGACUUGGUGAUUGGUGGAGCAGCAGUGGGGGAAGGAAGAGGAGGGGAGGAUGCUGGGAAAGAGGGGGAUAAGAUGAGGGUAGUGGCUGAUGAGUGUGGAGUGAAAGGUGGGGAGAGAGAGCAGGAAGGAGGGCGAAGCAGCAUGAGGGGAUUGGAGGACGGGGAGGGGAGCAAGGAGGGAGGCAGUGAGGAGGAGGAAGUGGGGAAUGGGAAGGAGGUUGAGGAGGAGGAGCAGGAAGGAGGGAUGUGUGUGGGUGGGCGUAUGGAGGAGCAGGAGGGAGGAGAGGAGAGAGUGAAGGGUGGGGAUGAGCGUAUGGAGGAGGAGGAAGGGGAGAAGGGAGGGGAGGAGGGAGAGGAUGCGGGCAGGACUGAUAGCAGGACAGCAGGGGAGGAUGCUGGGGAGGAAGGAGUCGGGGGAGAGGGAGCAGGUGGGUCAGAGGGGGACGAAGGAGGAGAGGAUGAGAAUAAGGGAAUGGGAGACAAGGAUAAGGAUAUGGAGUCAGAACAAGACAAAGACGUGCCGACCCCCGUCUGCCUGUGGUGUCUGGCAGAAGGUCAUUGGGCGGCGGAGUGUGCUGACCUGGCAAGAACCCGAGCGAAGCACGCGACCAGUAGCAGGGAGACAGCUGGAAGGGAGACAUCAGGUGCUGCAGCAGCAGACCUGGCAAAACGGGUGGCAGGCACAAGCACUAAUGUGACCGGAAAACAGGAAGGAGAAGCGGGGGGCACAUGGAACGCUCCUGCUGUUUUCCCAGGCUGGUUUGAUCUCUUCGACCCACAUGGCACGGCACAGGAAGGCAGCGGCUUGCCUGCUGCCUUGCUCGCUUCCAUCGAAUCGCUGCGCCUUUCCCGAAGGGAUAUUGUCAAGAUCCAAAGCCAUCCAGGUGUCAGGGCACGAGUGGUUGGCUGCUUCCUCCGCCUCCGAUUGGGCAAGAAAGAGGAGGAUUUGGGCGGCACGGGUUACCGCAUGGCCAAAAUUAGAGGUGUUGUGCGCAAGCAAGCUGUUGAGUCUGUACCCUCGUCGGCUGAUUCGGGUGGAAUGGCACUCACUGUAGAUAUGGGUGACGGGGAAUAUACAGUAGACGGCCAUUACGUCUCCAACAAACCAUUUCUUGAG